AUGGCCGAUCCGCUGUCAAUGGUUGCUAGCGUCAUAGGCGUCGCUGGGCUUGCUUUAUCUACAUCAAGAGCCCUUAUUUCGCUAAUUCAAGAGAUGACCGAUGCGCCUCAGGAGAUACUUCAUAUUCGUCGCGACGUGCAGAAUCUUUCCGUGGUGCUUGGAUCUCUCCAGGAUAUUUGCGCUAAAUACGAUUUAAAAUCAGAGGAUCUUGCACUGGAAAAUAGUUUAACGGAGUGUAUUAACCUAUGCCAAGACACCAAUCGCAGAUUCCUCGAGGGAAAAGGCCAGGAUGAGAUCAAGAACGAUGUCAACAAGGUUUACGAGAAGCUUUCUAUUCAGCUUCGGAAUCGAGAUAGCGGAAAGAGAGUCCGAAAGAGGAUGGAAGAUGAUGUCGCGAGCGUUUCGGCCUUCGAAGGGCGGCGUCAAUCCAUAUCUCAAUCAACAGACGCCGCCUUUGCUUUGAACAGGUACUUCGAUCAAUUGCCAGAGCCCCCGAACCCCCUGUCUCCGCUAGAUUAUCAAUCCAAUUCGCAGGCAUCUAGUGAAGUACUCCUAAGUCCGUUCUUAGUAGAGCCAAUCACUUUGCUUGAAGCAGUUAGAACUAGGAAUAGCGAUGGAGUUGUCCGUCUUAUUUCGAGCGGUUAUUCGACGGCUGAGAGAACGCAAGAUGGCCAAACAGUGCUUCAUUUCUGCGCCAUAUAUAAUGAUGCGGAGAUUGCCCAACUCCUGCUCGACCAUGGUGCUGAUAUCAACGCGCGUGACAAUCAGUUACGUUCUCCUUUAAACGUUGCUCUCUCAUCCGAAGCAUUAACCGUUGCAAACGUCUUGGUGCAAAGGGGAUGCUCUCUUACGGGGUCCACUGACAUGGUUUUCCCCUUGACCCAAAGGAUAGAAGAGAUACCCGGCAUUAGACCACUACUUAAAACCCUGGCGCCAAAAUUCAACAAGUCAGCCUCUGGACCAUACCUUGUCCAUCGAGCUCUCGAAACCAACGAUCUCCAGAGUCUUGAGAUUCUUCUUUCUGCAGGGUUCGACCCAAAUACCAGAGACCAAUAUGGCCUUCCUCCAUUAUAUCAGGCGAUGAUGCAACAGCAAAAAGAAGCUGUUCGGUUAUUGUUAGCCCAUGGUGCUAAUAAGGACGAUUAUCUACCACCAGAGACGGAGGAUAGGCUUGAUGAAAAUAUUCGCUCUCACCAGAAGAUGGCAGCCUUCUUCAACAAUGGAUAUAUCCCAUUAGAAAUUGCUGCGAGGGUACUAAGAGACGUUGAGAUGACCCGCAUUCUACUAGAAAGCGGUGCCAAUAUUAAUUAUGUCUACCCAGGCGAUGGCGGUGUAGUAUUAAGUGGCCUGGGCGACGAGGAGUAUUUCGAAUGUGCUAAGGUUUUAAUAGACAGUGGCGCCGACAUGCAUAUCAAAGGUAACAACGGAAGAGACCCCUUUCUCUGGGCGAAUGCGUGUUCAAAUACGAAACUGGCAGAAUAUAUGCUCUCAAAAGGAGCUGAUGUCAACCAUUUCUACUACGACGAUUACCCAACUGCUCUGUUUCUAUGCGCGGAUUGGGACUCCAGAGAAAGUGCUGAGGUCCUACUAAAACAUGGUGUUGAUUUGACUAUAAGGAAUAAGUCAGGAGAGACCGCAUUGGAUAUUGCUCGGUCCGCGCAACAUUCUGAAAUGGUGGCGAUACUAGAGCGUGCUAAUACAUUAAAGCUUGAUAGUGCAAGGCAAUGA